CAACAAGGGAUUUAAAAGGACGGUGUACACAUCUGGUGGUAGUGCUUGAUAGAAUUCCGGCAAGUAACAAUUGAAGAAGAAACAUAGCGAAAAUGACUCUUCGUGUUGGGUGCAGAGCUGAUGAUGCUGACAAGCAUGAGUUUGAUGUAAAUUCUUUACUUUACCACAAAGGGAAGUUAUACAGUGCUGGUGAUGACGGUAGGAUCAAGGUAUGGGCUUCGGAUCUCACCAAGCUGGGAGAAGUCCAAGCCCACCCUUGUUCCGUAUACUCAAUUACAGCUAGCGAUGAUUCUCUUUACUCCUGCUCAAACGAGGGUACCGUCAAAUCCUUCGAUCUGACCACACUCAAAGAAAAGGAAGUCUUGGCCCAAGACGACAAGAAUGAGUUCUGGAAGGUCUGCUACUCCAAUGGGGCUCUUUACGCAGGAGAUAAUACUGGAAAUAUCAUAGUUUGGAAAGACAACAAAACCUAUGGCACCCUAAACGUAGCAGAACCUGUUAAGGACAUGGCUGUGUCUGGAAACUUCCUAUUUUCCGUUAAAGACACAGAUCUUGUCAUUACUGACGUCCAUCUUGGUGGUGAAAAAAUACAGUUCGGCACCAAAAAGACCUACGUAGGCAGAGCCCCUAUAGCCUUAAUAGGAAAGCAACUCUUCGCCUUCGCUAGUAGGGAAGGCAAAGACAUUAUCGUCAACGAAAACAAUGACCAGUCCCAUUUCAAACCCGUCAGUAAAGUCGAGGGAGCCCACGAGAUGAUCAUCAACACAUUGGCUGGUACCACGUGGAACAACAAGAACGUCCUGUUUAGCGGCGGAUGGGACAAAACGGUGAAAAAAUGGAACAUCGACGACGACAUCAUCAAGCAAGACGGUUCCUGUGACGUGGAGAUCGUCAUCAAUUCCAUUGCGAUCGGCGAUAAGGGGGAAGUCUAUGUUGGUGGGGGUGACGGGCAUAUCGUUCGCAUUGAAAUUGAGUAAGCUAGGAGUUGGAUGACAAAUUUAUUUAUAUGUAUUUAAUUUUUUUAAUACGUUAGGUAGGAGAUAUAGGAAAAGUAAAAAAAAUGUUUCUAGCUACCUCAGUGGUAGCCGUAGAUGAGGCGGUAUUUUAAUAAAUAGUAUUGUCUAAUACGUUGUAUUUUUAAAUGUAGCUUUUAUAUGUUUUGUAAUUAAAAAUUACAUGGU